CUUUUGAAAUUACCUCUUAUUUUGCAUAUACAGGUGUGCUUGGAUCAAAUCUGACUUCGCUUUGAGAACAAAAUGAAUCAUGAAUCACUAUACAGCUCAGUUGUAUUUAACUGGCAACGUUUCUAAAGCAGGCAUCCCACUGCAGUUACUUGUGUUAACACCGCAGUUGAAGCUAGAAGAGCUCCUCCUGCAGAUUGAAAAGGUAAACGGGUAGGGUGGAUGGGAACGGCCAGAAUGCUCGAAUGUGACAGUUAAACCGAUGCCUCAGUUUCAUGCUGUAUAACAGCAGCCAAACGGUAGGCUACACCCUCAGCAAGACAAUUCACUGCUGAUAAUCUACACACCCAACGGAUUUGUCAUCAUGGAGACAUCGCCACAGCAUCCUAUAGGUUGCGUCACUGCUGUAAUCGUGAGUGUCUUAAGCUGAUUUCUGUUCGAUCCCUCGCCUGGGUUGUAGAGGAAAGUUCAUAGGACGUGUGAAGCAGCAUCGCAGGCUUCUCUGCGCGCAAUUAUGAUGACCGCGGAGACACCAUUGGACUGCGCGCCUGGAUGUGCCACACGCCUGGAGAGGAACUGAACUUUAAGCAUCGGCAAAGCCCACUGGUUUGAUUCUCUCCCAAAUGAGAGGAAACAAUGGACUAUUUUCUGUAAACUAGGUAUAAUCUUUUUCUCACAAGGGACAUUUUCUUCUGUUGAACGAAUCACGCUAGAAGCAAGACUAUGAUGGUGGUCAAAAUCUUCAUGUACUUUUCGGCUGUCAUAAUUUCAGGUUAUUCUCAGAUGGUCCAGGUGGAUGAGAUUCGCUCAGGUUACGCUGGUUCUCAGGUUGACCUUGGGUGCCAGUUUGUGAACAGUGACCCCCCGGUGAAGAUCUCCCAGGUCACCUGGCAGAAGUUCAUCAACGGCACCAAGCAGAAUGUGGCCAUUGCCAAUCCUGCUCUAGGGGUGUCUGUGCUGGCGCCUUUCAAGGAACGGGUGCGGUUUAAAAACCCGGCUGUGCGCCGCCUCACACCGUCCCUGGAGGACACCACUAUCACCUUCUCCAACCUGCGGCUUACUGACGAGGCUGCUUACAUCUGCGAGUACACCACAUUCCCAGCUGGCAACCGUGAAAACACAGUCAACCUCACGGUGUAUGCUCGCCCCAUGAUCCAAAUGAGUCUAUCUACUCCAACCAUUGUGGCUGGACCAGCCAAUCUGAAGAUGACAGUGGCGUCUUGUUUGUCUGCUAACGGAAAACCUCCUGGUGUGAUCACAUGGGAUACUAGUCUGGAUGGCGAGGCCAGUGACUCGGAGGUCCGGAACUCUGAUGGAACCUUCACUGUGCGCAGCGACUACAUAAUGAUUCCUACCCAGCAGACGCACAAUCAGAAGCUCACAUGCAUCACAACUUACCACAAUGAGAGGUUCAGCGAGAGUGUGACCCUUAACAUUCAGUACGAGCCGGACAUAACUAUUGAAGGGUAUGAUGGCAACUGGUACCUGAACCGAGAAAGUGUUCAACUAAUCUGCCAGGCCGAUGCUAACCCGCCUGUCUCUUUGUAUCAGUGGAAAUUCUUAAACGGCUCCAUCCCUGAUAGAGUGGAGAUCCGUGACAACCUUCUGCUCUUUAAAGGGCCUGUGACCUAUGACCUGGCAGGCACAUACCUGUGUGAUGCCACCAACAGCAUUGGAACCCGCUCAGCUUCUGUGGAUGUCAACAUCACUGAAUUCCCUAUAAUUCCCCAUGACAUCACACAAGGGCAGCAGGGACUGGGCACUGCCAUCGGAAUGGUGGCAUUGGGGGGCUCACUGCUGGUGGUGGCCAUCACUCUCCUAGGAGUUUUGUUCCGUCGACGACAGCGCACCUUCAAGGGCGAUUACAGCACCAAGAAGCACGUGUUAGGGAGCAGCUACCGAAAGGGCGGCAGCUUGCAACCCUAUCCUCCCCUACCCCAGGUCCUCAUUUGUCCCGAGGACUUUGAUGAUCAGAAAAAGGCAGAGAUGUACGGAAGACCAAUAAGUCUCACCGAAAACAUCCAUGAACUCCAAGACAACACUGACCAAAUGAACCGAUCAUUCAGUGUAGAGAGUAAGGUGGAGGAAUGUGGGUAUGGCGAACAGUGUUUUGCCUUUUAUGAUGAAACUGAACUUGAAAUGUCUGUUGACAUGGUGCCACAAACUGAUGGUUCUGUCAUCUCAAAAGAGGAGUGGUAUGUCUAAAAUCAGCGAAUGAUUCCCUAGGCUGUAAUCUCAUCAACUCACUCCCAGUCACUGCUCUUCACUCGCCUACCUCCUUCUCUGUCAUUGACAAGAAAAUAAACUUACAAUGGGAAUUAACAAAACAUGAUCUAAAUUAAAUGACAAAUAACAAGCAUUUUGGAUAAGCAUAAAAGGCAUUACCAAAUAUAUAUAUUUUUCUUUGUUUUGUCAUCUUAUCAUGGACAGCAGUUUCCUUUUUUAUGUUAUAUUGAUUUACAUUUUGACUGCCUUCAACAAUUCCAGUCAUUAGAAGUGUUGCAUAUUUCUAGCCUAGGGUAAUCAUGAAUUUUGCACAAAGUUAAUGUCUCAGCACUUUUAUGUGCUCCCUUGCUACGUUUGAAGCCUAUAACUUACAAACUGAAACAAGCACUGACUGUGGCCUCUUUAAAUGCAACAAGUGUUCAACUCCUUUCUAAUUCAAUCAGUUUUUUAAGCUUAUGUUGCAGCAGGGCCGCCGCUACUUACAUGCAGGUCAUACGCUGGGCACAGGGGCACAAAGGGCACCAAAAAUAAAUAUAUAAAUAUAAAUUCAAAUAGAUAUAAUAGAUUGUGGUGCCCCCUCCUUUCCCUUGUAGUUUUUGUUAUUGCGCCAGACAAUGCUGUAGUGGGAUGACGCUCCUACAUCUUGUAUGUUUGAACCUGUUCAUUCUUAAAACACUGGAACAUUAGCCUACACAAUGCAUGUAUACCAGGCAAAAAACAUCAAUGUUUAAUUAGCUAAUGUUAGGAAGCUAAAGAUCAUAUAGGCUGCAUUUAAUGUUACAAACCUCGUCUAUGGGGCAAAAAGCUAACGCUAGCCAGCAUUUAAGUUAGUGAGUGUUGUUGAUUCUAAGACUAAUUAACGCAUACCGUCCGUUGAAAGGUUAGCCUACACACCAGUCUCUCCUGCUUCAGAUGUUACUACGACAUCUCAUCUGAUCUGGCAUUCUUCAAAGUGCAGUAUGAUUUGUAGCACUCCUACACUCAAACAACAAAGACACAGCUCAAAGAAGAGAAUAUCCGUGUAGCCUGUAAGGUGUAGGCUUUUGUUUGCUUUAGUUGUUUGCAUUAACAUUUGUGUGACUCAUUCUUGUGUUAUUGGUUUAUAUUAAUUACGCUAAGAGAUUCACAUUUACGACUAUACCAAUAAUGCUUUUUUUUAUUGGGGUUGGGGGCGCACCACAAUAAGCAAUUCCACUUAGGACACACAUAUGGCCAGCAGCAGCCCUGUGUUGCAGUGAUAGUCCAGACAUAAAGUCAGACGUGUAGUCUGCCUUAGAUCUGUAAUAUGUCUUCAGGGUGAUGAACUGUUUUCAGUAUUGGGUGAAAAGUUGCACUGGUAUUUAGUGGAUGGUAUGAUUCAUGUAGUUUCUCAUAAAUUAUGCUGUGGAUAACUGUAAAUAAUAUGUAAAAAUGCUGUCCUCCCAAGCACACUCACGGUUUAAGACGUCUUAUUAUAAUGUGGAAGGUUCUGUAAUGAAUUGUGCAUUUAAUUAUUUCCGCCCUCUCCCAUGACACAUCAUUUUGUGGAAAUUUUCAAAAGAGUAUUCACAAACUAACUUAUGUUGCUAACAGUUUGUUAGAAUGACAGGUACUUUCUAGGCAUUUUCUGACAACUUUGACAAUCAAAACAUUUUCUACUAAGUACUGUAGACCAGAGAUGUUUACACAAUUAACUGGACAAUGUAAUGGACAUAAAUGGAUAAGGGUGAUAUAUACUGCAUGUGUUUUUCUAAUCAUGUCAUAGUAAAAUGGUGCAGUUGACUGACAUCUGCCCCCAUUGACUAGAUGAUUCCGUCUGUGAAACAAUGGAUUAAUAUGAGUUUGUUGAGUGUGUGGACAUCCAAUCCAUCAAUUACUCACUAUUCACAAAAUGCCAGCAUGAAAUGCAAUGGACUAUAUCAUUUUUACAAAUGUUUUCAAUAUUGCAAAUACAAGUGAAUGCACUCCAAACUAAACCAUACUCCUAGAUAACAGAAACUAGGUCUAAUGUGGUUCAGUUGCUACACAGAACAUGGGUAUGUAUGAUGUUAUCGAUCUUUUUUUGUACAGAAUCUGGGAUACAGCUUUCAGUCCUUCAGAUUUCAAGUGUCCCUGGCAGUCCCUAACAGUAAUUUUUGCGGUUAUGUUAUCACUUGAAUAUCUAAGCCAUUAAUAUGAGUGUCUUGAAGGAUAAAUAAUCUGGUAGCACACACCACACCCAACAUCACAUUUCUCCUUUUCAUAUGGCUUCUGCCAUACAAGCCUGUGGGGCUUAAUACUUGCCACAGUGUAAUAUAUUUUAUGAUUACAUCCAGAGCUCAGUAAUAUGUAUGUGUAUGGAACUUGACUGUGAAUUAGCAUGUGGUUGCCUAUUUAACAUGGUUAUGUGCACAUAUUUCCACAGAUGAACUGCACUGUCAAUGCAAAUAAUAAAACUUGCAAUGGAAACUCACUAACACUAUUUUUCAAUUUUGCUUAUAAAGACAGAUCCCACCAUAACCUUUUUUUAUAUUUUUUUUUACAGUAUUUAUGCACAAUUGCAUACAAUGUAUUACAUCAUUUGUAUAAAUACUGUACAAGUUGCAAACAUAUUAUACCACUACAUUACUUUACAGAUGUGAUAUUUCUCACAUAUAAUUAAAUAUACUUUCCUCACAA